CGCAAAUUAAUUUGCGAUUGGUGAAACACGGUGAAACAGAUGGAGAUUUUGAGGGAAAAGGUGGCGCGAGAUUCGGGGUUGAAUCCGCGUUGCUUCAAAACCCUCGAAUACCACCAGUGCAAGAUCGGUCGUCACUUGGUUCUAACACCCUCCGGGCACAUGUCGGUCUUCAAUCUUAUAACAAUCUUCCAUGGGAUCUUGGCUCUUCUCUUUAGUAAUGGACUUUGUGAUGAGCAUGAGUACAGGUUGACUAGAUAUUUAAUGGAUAAUUACGAUGCGGGUGUGCGUCCAGCUAAAAACUCCUCUCAGCCUUUAGUGGUCAUCUUCGGGGUAUCACUUCACCACAUCAUUGACGUCGAUGAAAAAAAUCAGAUACUAACGACAAAUUGCUGGGUGACACAAACCUGGACCGAUCAUCACUUGAAAUGGAAUGUAUCAGAUUUUGCGGGGAUUCAAGUUCUUCGCAUGCCAUAUACUCGAGUUUGGAGGCCGGAUAUUAUUUUAUAUAACAAUGCAGAUCCACAAUACAAUUCAGCAGUGAUAAAUACGAAUGUAAUCGUCAGCAACACCGGAGAAGUUGUCUGGUUAAGUCACGGAAUUUUUCGUAGUAGCUGCGAUAUAGACGUGGAAUAUUUUCCAUUUGACGUGCAAAGAUGCGCCCUGAAGUGGGCUUCUUGGACAUACGAUGGGUAUCAGGUUGAACUGGAACGGCAGAGCGAGAGAGGAGACAUGAGCAAUUAUCAGGCCAAUGGGGAGUUUGAUCUAGUUGAUUUCUCUGCCAGGCGAAAUAUCGAGUACUAUUCCUGCUGCACAGAGCCUUAUCCGGAUAUCACAUAUGAAAUAAAAAUACGUCGAAGACCCUUAUUUUAUGUCUUCAAUCUUAUACUUCCCUGCAUUCUCAUCAAUGGAAUCGCUCUACUAGUGUUUUAUGUGCCAUCGGAGUCUGGAGAAAAGGUCACGCUUGGAAUCUCAGCUCUUCUGUCGAUGACAGUUUUUCUGAUGACUAUUCGUGAAACGCUUCCACCAACUGAGAAAACGCCUCUAAUUAGCUUGUAUUAUGGAGUCAGCAUCUGCCUGGUGUCAUUUGCUUCAGGACUAGCUGUUGUAACUUUAAAUUUGCAUCAUCGUGGCGUUCGAGGAACAAAAGUACCCAAUAUAAUAAAAUCUCUGGUUCUUGAUAAGCUCGCUAGGAUGGUUUUCCUAAACUUCAAGGAUGAACUGCCUGAACCAGUGCGAAGAAGAGAAAACAGUUGUCCUUUGCACUGCAAAACUGAAAGUUCCCAGCCACAAUUAUCGCCCAAGCUUGUAACGAGAAGAAGUGGCAGUAACAAUGAAAAUAUUCAUUUAGCCGCAGAUAUCGGAAAAGAAGGUGGUGGUCUUGAGGCGCAAUGGUCUCGAGUCCUCGGGAAAGUUCACGGGACAAUCGAGAGGAAUGAAAGGCGAUUAAUGGACCAGGAUCGACGGGAGAGGACGGAACUCGAGUGGAAACAAGUCGCCCUGGUUAGCGAUCGUGCGCUACUCUGUUUAUUUUUUCUCACUACUAUCAUCAGCACUGCUGUAAUUCUUUGUGGAGCUCCACCAAGCACGGAAGUGAUAGUGACAGACAGUUAAAACUUUGAUACUUCACUAUGCCAUAAUAAUUUAAGCGUUAAGUAAUGUAAAGAAACUUUAAUCAUUUUUCAUUCUACUACUUGACCAUUUUUUAUUCUAAAGAGUGAAACAAUAUUUCAAGAAUCUCCUAUAGGCUAAAUAAUACAAAAGAACGCCUAUAUUUGGAUCGACUGAUUUAAUCCUUCCCAGAACUGCUGGCCUACAUUCUUGUGUAUUCAUUAUUCCCCUUUUUAAAUUAGGUAGAUUCUCAAAAAUCACCCAGGCAUUGAUGUCAAUUUUAUUUAAAAUUAAUCCUAUCUUUAAUGUGAGAUUGAUUGUGAAUUACCAAAGAAAUAUAAAUACUUUCUGUAAGAAUUUGAAAUUAUGCGAUAAAUCUUUUGUAUAUAAA